AUGUGGGCUAAAGCUGCUUCUAUCCUCGCCCUUGCGACCACCGCCGUCGCUCAGAGCAAAGGCUUCAACUACGGUGCCACCAACGCAGACGGAUCAUGCCGCGGCUACAACGACUUCGUUCGCUUCUUCAAUGAGGCGAAGAGCCUGUCUGGAGCCUCGGGGUUCAACACAGCACGUCUUUACACUUCAGUUCAAUGCGGUACCGCGGCCGAUCCCAUCUCUGCCUUCCAAGCAGCCAUCGACACCGACACCCAACUACUGGUGGGUCUUUGGGCCAGUGCCGGACGUGCGGCAUACGAGAACGAACUCAACGCCUUGAUCCGUGGCGCUAGGGAACUUGGAACCGCUUUCACAGACAAGAUCAUCGGCAUCAGUGUAGGGUCUGAGGACUUGUACCGCAGCAGCCCGCAAGGUGUACAGAACAAUGCUGGCGCUGGUGCUACUGGUGCUGAGAUCGAGGGUUACAUCGGUUGGAUGCGCGAUUGGAUCCGUGGCACCGCGCUCGAGGGCAAGCCUAUCGGCCAUGUCGACACAUUCACUGCCUGGGUUCUGCCCGAGAACCGCGGUGUUGCGCGCAGCGUGAACUGGCUUGGUCACAACUCGUUCCCUUACUUCGAGACCACGAGACCCAACUCGAUCGACCUGGCACGUGAGAAUUUCUUCGCGGGUCUUGGUCAGACUGAGAGCGUAUCUGAUGGAAAGCCUGUUUGGGUUACCGAGACCGGAUGGCCACGAAUUGGCCCCAACUCUGGCUCCGCUGUUGCCUCCCUCGAGAAUUCCAAGCGUUACUGGGACGAAGUUGGCUGCUCGCUCUUCGGCAGCCGUACCACGUUCUGGUACACCUUGAAGGAUGCCAACGCCGCCCAAACUGAUCUGUCUUUCGCUAUUACGCCCCUCCAGAACAACACGCCGUUCUUCGACCUGACUUGCUAG